AUGGAUUUAGAUAUAGCCAUCGAGGCAAGAGAGAAAGUACGUAAUCCCACAAUCAAAUUGAAUAAGAAAUUAGCAAUAGCUAUUGCAACACUUACCAAAUCUGAAAAGAAGCCAUUCGAUCAAUUAGUCACUUAGGAACCUUCAAAUAAAUUAAUAGCAGUUCAUUUCGGAGUAGGUGAUCAAGAUGAUUAUGACACCAUCUGUAAUUAUGUUAAAUAGUUCGGUCAAAACAAAAUAAUGAUAUACCCUGUAAGAAAUUAUGCAUUUAUUGAAUUCCAAAACAUCCAAUAGAGUUUAUAAUUAAUCCAAUCUUUACAAAUUUUCGAGAAUAUCAAGUUUGCAAAUCUAAAGUACCAAAAUAAAGAGAGAGCCACAAUGUUUUUUUAUACAAAUGAAUAAGAAUUGAUUGGAGGAGGCAUGUGUGAUAUACCAAAUGCUAUGCGACAAAUCAAUAUCCCAGGACUGUAUUUGAUACACGACUUCAUAACACCAGAAUAUGAAAAAUAUAUUUUGGAUUUAAUCGAUAAGCAAGAAUGGUCCAAACUGAAAUAAAGGAGAGUUCAACAUUAUGGCUAUGAAUUCAUUUAUGGAGAUAAUACAGUCAAUGUCAAUUAGCCUGCAGACAAACAUAUUCCAGCCUUUCUUGAAGAUGUCAGAGCCAAAGUUUCUGAUUUAAUAAAACCAUAAGCAGAAAUAAAUCAACUUACAAUUAAUGAGUAUUUACCAGGAAUGGGUAUUCCCCCUCAUUUCGAUGUUCAUCCUCCAUUCCAUGAGAAAUUCGUGACAAUUAGUUUACUUAGUGGUUUAGUAAUGUCAUUUAAAUCCUUCAAAGGAGAAGAACAUCAUUUAUAUCUACCUCCUAGAUCUUGUGCAUUAUUCACAGGAGAAGUGAGAUAUGCUUGGUUCCACUCAAUUGCAGCAAGGAAAAUCGAUAAAGUAGAAGGUGAAACUCACUUUAGAUCUAAAAGAUUGAGUUUGACAUUUAGAACCAUCAGAAAUGAUUUGAAAUGUGAUUGUGAAUAUUAAUUCUUUUGUGAAUCUUAGGGGUACAAUCCAUUGACCAUGAAGAGCAAAAAUCCAUUACUCCAAGAAUACCUAGCAAAAUUGAAUUAAAUUGGAAUUAUAUAAGACAAUAAAGUUGUUCCCAACAAAACUCAAGAAGAAAUUUAAUUACUUGAAGAAUAACAAUAAUAAUUACUCUAAAUUCCUAAAGCCACUGAAGUCGAAAAGAAAUAUGUCUAUGAGAUUUACGAAAAAAUUGCACCACAUUUUAGUUCAACUCGUUAUAAGCCAUGGCCUAAAAUAGAACAAUUUCUCAAAUCAUUAGAACCAGGAUCCCUUGUUGCUGAUGUGGGAUGUGGAAAUGGCAAAUAUUUGGGUUCAAAUCCAGAUAUUGAAAUAAUUGGUACCGAUAGAAGUGAAAAUCUAUUGAAAAUCUGCAAAGAAAAAUCAGAUGCUUAUUAAGUAUUUAGUGCAGAUUCAUUGAGAUUACCCUUAAAAUCUGAAAUGUUCGAUGCAGUCAUCUCAAUUGCAGUCAUUCAUCAUUUCUCCAAUAAAAUUCUUAGACAACAAGCUAUCAAAGAGUUGUUAAGGAUUUGUAAAUCCAAAGGUCUAGUUUUAAUCUAUGUUUGGGCUAUGGAACAAGAGGAGAAGACUUUCAAUGAGUAAGAUGUUUUUGUGCCUUGGAAUUUACAAUUUAAAUAUGAGGAUGAAAAAGUCAUCAAUUAGGAAGUGUAAUAAUAAUUUAAAAUUGAUGAUUAAAAAAAAACAGUUGUUUAUAAACGAUAUUAUCAUGUAUUUAAAUAAGGUGAGAUCGAAGAACUAUUAUCAGAAAUGCCAGGCUUUAAGAUAGUAAAUAAUUAUUAUGACCAUGCCAAUUGGGUAGUUAUCUUAUAAAAAGAUUGA